AUGACGGACAAACUGCCUCCCAAUCUCCUUGCUCUAUUCCAACCCCGACCUCCCCUCCGCUACAUCCCUCCUCAAGACUCGGCCCCAGAAGAGAAAGCUCUCAAGCAAUCUCAGCUAUCUGGGAUAGCCGCAUUUCUUCCGCAGCUGGAGGAGUACAAGGCGACGGAUGUGUACGAAGCUACCGAGUCAUGGCUGCAGCAGCGCGAUCGCAAGAGACUCGAGAAGAAACUGCGCCAGCAAGAGAUCGAACAGCCCGACUUCCAAGGCUACAGACCAAAUGAAGAUCCAAAGAUCAAGGGCGACGCCGUCAAGACACUGUUCGUCGGCCGCUUGAGCUAUGAUGCGAAAGAAGCAGACCUGGAGCGUGAGUUCGGCAGGUUUGGUCCCAUCGAAAGAAUCAGGAUCGUCAAGGAUGAGACAACCCUCAAACCCAAGAAGCCGCAUAGAGGGUAUGCUUUCAUUGUCUAUGAAAGAGAAAAGGAUAUGAGAGGUACUUUCUUCUACGCAAACCCUUCUGCCCUUGACCCUUCUUUUCACACCAAAUAUUCAAUGCUGCCUACAAAGAAACAGAUGGUCUCCGCAUCAAAGACCGGAGAGUCGUUGUCGAUGUUGAACGUGGCCGCAUGGUCCCGGGUUGGAGACCGAGGAGAUUUGGCGGCGGUCUUGGUGGACGAGGAUAUACCAAGCAAGCCCCUGCAAAGCCUACAUUCGGACCGCCAGGUGGGUAUGGUGGCGGGUUCAGAGGUGGCUUUGGCGGUCGUGGUGGCUUCCGCGGUGGUUUCCGCGGCGACCGGGGGGGCUUUGGUGGGCGAGGUGGCAUUGGGUACCAAGGAGGGGGAGGCUUUGGCGGACGACAAGGUUACCAGAAUGGACCUCCGCCCCCCAAUGCGCCCAGCGGACCUGGUGGGAGAGGCGGCUAUGGCGGAGGCUAUGACGACCGACGCAAUGGAUAUGGUGGUGGAAGGGACCAACGCGGCGCAACCGGCAGCAACACCGAUCCGCUCGGAGGACGAGAUCGUGGGUAUGACAAUCGAGACAGAGAUCGUGACCGCGACCGUGACCGAGAUCGAGACCGUGACCGAGACCGCGAUCGAGACCGAGAACGUGAUCGAUACGGAAGCAGCAGACGAGAAGACGACUACGGCUCGAGAAAACGACACCACGAGAACGAUGGGUAUGACGAUCCCAGACAACGCAGAAGGUAUUGAGCCUCGUCGUCCCGUGCUUUGUAUUAUGCGCAACCUUUCUAUCGCCUUGUGGCUGGUCGCGGGUGGGUAUCUUAAUGCUCUGCACUCUCAAACAAUCUAUGGAGUUUCGGUCAGCUUCUUGUCCCUUUAUGAGGAGCAAGCAAAACUGCUACCCGAUCGACAUGGUCAAGUCUCCGCAAUCCGUCAGCCGCUGAUGAUUCAAAACGCGGCCGACUGUGUUGUCAAAUCCAAAGUGAGAACCCUGGAACUAUUGGAUCCGAAAUCUGGGACGAACGAACCCAGCAGGAUCAACGAGGCGUAA